GUAAAGCACAAGUCACUUGGGCAUCGACGUUCAAAGUAGUCCAGCAGCAUUUCAGCUGGUCGGUUGGCUGAGCACGCACGUGAAGUAGUUUCAGUUCGAGGUGACAUUUUCUAGAUUGCUGGAGUUUACUGGGUCACUUAGUCAAGCGCAACGCACCGCACGAGACGCGGACUUCUUCGCUGAGCAUCUUUUCGAGUACGCCCAAGCGACGUAGCACUACUAUACAAUGAGCGAUCAAACCUACUGCACAGAGGAGAACUUCGAGAUAUCUCCUGGCGUUUUCACGCAUGGCCUCACAGUGGAGGAGGUCAACGCCCAGUAUGGCUGUUGCCAGAAGUUCGUGUGCAACAUCCCCUGCCCCCAGCCCUUCGACAACUCGGGUGUGGCCGUGCAGUACGGCAUCCCCGUGGCGGUGGUGUCCUUAUCGUGGUUCAUCAUGGCCCUCGUCAUCGCGCGGUUUGCGAUCAAGGGCUCCGCCAAGGCCUUCUUCGUGUGCAACAGGACUCUGCCGCUGUAUGUGGUGAUCUGCGCGCUGCUGGCUCAGGGCCUGGACAGCAACGCCACCCUGGGCAACGUCAUCAGCGCCUACAAGUAUGGGUUCUGGGACGGGGCGGUUCUGCCCAUUGGUCUGGGCAUCUCACUGGUGCUGAACGGCAUCUUCCUGGCGGCCCCCAUCAACCGCAUGGGGCUCUUCACACUGCCCGAGCUGUACGCGCGCAAGUACGGGCCGCUCAUGGAGGUCAUUGUGUCGUGCAUCGAGAUCUGCUCCUUCCUCUUCCUGCUGGCUGGCAACUUGGUCGGUAUCUCGCUGGUGCUGUCCUUCUGCUUCGGCCUGGCCAAGGGCGUUUCUCUUGCCAUCGCGGGUGUGGUGCUGGCCCUGUACUCGGGCUCUGGCGGCCUGUUCUCUGUGGCCCUGACCGAUGUGCCCCAGGUGAUCGGCGGCUUCACGGCCUUCAUCGCGACCACCAUCUACGUCUUCACCCACGACCCACAGCCCCACGCCGCGCCGCCCUCUCUUGGCUUCGCGCUGGACCUGGGAAACAACGUCACGGCCAUCACACCCGGCUACGCUGGCCCCCUGGACUGCGUUGACCCCGUCACCAACGCCUCCACCUGCGACAACUACGCCUACCCCGUGGGCGACCAAAUCAUUUGGCCCAACGCCAUGACCAACUUCGACGCCUACGCGCCCUUCCCCAACGCGCUGUUCUUCAACUGGGUCACCAUGUUCGUGCUGGGCCUGGGCAACCUGUGCGCGCUGGACUUCCAGGCGCGCUGCAUGGCCUCCAAGACGCCCAACACAGCGCGUAUCGCGAACCUGGUGGCCGGGGUGCUGCUCAUUGCCAUCUGCCUGCCGUUCGGCCUGCUGGCCGGCCUGGCGCGCAAGUACUUCGGACCCGACUCACCGUACGCCGAGUUCACAGCGGACACGUGCUCCGCGCCGCUGGGCCUGCCCACGUGCGCCGAGUGGGUGCCCGAGAACCGCACGGCGCUGUUCCAACUGCUGUGGCUGCACGCGCCCAAGGCUCUGGGCGCCUGGACCAUGGUAGCCAUCGUGACCGCCUCCAUGUCCACAGCUGACGGCGCCAUCCUGGCCACAUCGUGCGUCAUGGCGCACAACAUCUGGCGCAAGGUGCCCAGGUGGGGCACCAGCGAGGAGAACCUGCUGUGGGUGGCCCGCAUCUUCCACGUGCCCAUGACCCUCACGGCCUGCUUCAUCGCGGCGUGGGCCUACAACCCCGCCUACCUGCUGGUGGUGGCCUUUGACAUCGUGCUGGCCGGCUGCCUGGUGCCGCUGCUGGCGGCCGUCUACUACCCGCGCGGCUCGCCCAACGCGGGCCUGCUGUCCUGCCUGGGCGGCUCCAUCCUGCGCCUCAUCCUGGAGUUCACACUGCCCAAGGACGGCAGCCUGGUCAUUGCCGGCAAAUACGCAUUCCUGUACGGCAGCGGUCUGCCCGGCCUGCCCUCGUUCAUGACCAUCACGCCGGAGUCCGCCGCCGCGGAUGCGGGCGUGUGGAACCCCGACACCGAGGUCUGCGACCAGCCCCCCAUGAAGGACUGGACGGGCCUGGACUCGCUGGUCAGCCCGGCCUUCUCGCUGUUCCUCUUUGUCAGCGUCAGUGUGUUUGAGCGCUACUGGCCGGGCAUUGACAUUCUGUUCUUCAUCCCCAAGCCCUGGCGCGCCACCCAGCCCCUCUACCAGCUGGAUCUGGACCAGCAGCAGGUCGAUCCCGACAGCAGUCGCACGCCCGCGCUCGCGACCAGCAAGGCCGCCGAGGCCGCCGCCGCAGCAGCAGCCGCCAACGCCGCCGGCGUGCACCUCAAGGACGAUGCGUCGGCGCACGGUGGAACCAUGAUGCGUGCGGCGCUGGGGCUUGACGACGACCCCAUUGCCAAGGAGGUGCAGCUGACGGCGGGCGCGGCAGGGCUGCACCACCGCGCACAGCCGCACACCGGCGUCGAGGGCGUGUGAGGAGCACUGUUGGUGAGGGCAAGUCGUGAGGUUUGUGGCGGAGAUGCGUGCUGCGCAUGGAUGGGAGUCGCGCAGCAUGGUAAUGCCGCCAGUCGACAUAAAAGUGUAUACAGCGGGAGCACGCAUACCGGUACUCCCGUGCUUGCUAUAGAAACUGGGUUUGAUGUUGUUGUGUGUACGUGCGGGCGUGUGUGUGUGUGUGUGCGUGUGCAGUGCUCUUUCUGUCCCCUAUUCUCUCUUGUGUGUACGGUAGCGGCGGCGGCACAUGGGUGGGCAGCACGCAUGCGUGCCAAGGCAGCUGGGCCGCGCCGGGAAAGGCUUAUCCAUCCAGCUUAUCAUCAUCACCGGGGGAGUCAUAAGCGUCACUUCUUGGACUCACAGUGAUACUUUGGACUGUCAUCAGUAAUUACGUUAGCAGUAGUAACCCUGUGGGAAUGGGAAAGCGGGUGUUGCAAGUGCUUGCGCUAGCCCUCGGGAACCGGACUUACUAAUGACCGGCCAGAGCCGUGCCCCGUGCAUGGCGCGAAGUCGGAAAGCCUAAUACGGCAGUGAUGGAGUGCAUGUGUGCUUUCUGAGGGUGGGACCUAUGCUGGAGUGCUGUGCGUGGCCUAUGAAGCAGAGGUGGGGGGGGGCGGGAGCGGUUUGCCAGUCGGAUUCAGUGAGGCAGCAGCAACGUGCAGGCGCGUGGUGGCCAAUGCCGCUCUGGCUCAUGUGGCUGCAUGUCAGCUGUCGUUGAUUGGGCGGCCAUGUCUGGCCCCACAACAAGUGAUGCUGGCAAACUAAUCGCCAAAUUCCCACGCACGGAGCGAGGCCAUGCCUGAUGACGGAGCGCUAGCUAGGGACUAAGGCAGCAUCACAGACGAGCCGGGGGCUGAUUUUCCUAUGCCAUGAAAUGCUAUCAGCUGCAGUACUGAAUUUAAGCGCAUGGCGAUUUUACGCUUUUGGCGAGAAAGGUGUGUGCGCACGCGUUGGAACAGGGUACGGGGCAGGGUGGCGCAGGCCCGAUGGUUGGCAAGGCACACGGUAGGGAUGGGGCCCUAUGGGGCUAAUUUCAUUUACACGGACUGACCUGCGUGUUCAUUCGGUUUUGGUCGUCUCCGAUACGCUGACAUGGUAUAAUGGCAGCAGGGGAAUGUGCGCGCGUGAAUAUCAAGGUGUGACGCUACUGCAAUUUACGCUUUCCGUGAUACGGCAUUCUUUGUGUCGGGCACUGGUCGCUUGGGAUGCGUUGCUUUCUCGGGUAUGCCACUACCGCUGUAAAACAAUGGUACCUAGGCACAAGCUAGCAACUGCCGAGCGCAAUUCACAGCGGUAUGCUCUCCUGCAGCGGGGCACGAUGGCAUGUGAAUGCUGAAUGCUUAGUCCACGAGCCAUAUGGAUGGAGCACUGCAACCGCUUGCUGGUGGAUGUAAUGGCAUAUCUGU